UGGCGGAGCGGCGCGCGCCGGCUGCCAGACAGUUCCUUCUCCCGACGAUGCCCGCUCAGUCGUCGUGCGCGCGCCGCGAGAGGAUGACGGCUGCUGCGCUCGGGAGCGCGUGUUGGGUGUUGUUGUUGUUGUGGUCGGUGGCGGCGCCGGCGCGCGCGGCCUCGGGCAACUUCGUGGCCACCGACGUGCUGGCCGACGGCGAGCUGGAGAGGCGGAUCUUCUACAACGGCAUCACCGCCAAGGAGACGUCGGUCGGCGGGAACACCAGCGAGGCGAUCACGCUGCGGCAGGCGACGGACGGCACCCGCUUCCUGCAGCUCAUCUACGGCGGCGACGGCGCCCUGCGCGACUGCGAGCUGGUGAAGAGACGCCCCCUGGCCGCCGGCUUCCUGCGCUCCUUCACCGCGGCGCUGCCGGCGAGCGGCACGGCGAGGGCCCUGUCCCCGGGCGAGGCGCCGCCACCCGACAUGGCGUGGCCUCUGCAGUUCGGCCGCCUGGCCGCCGCCUGCCGAGACCACCACCGCCGCCUGAGGAGGCUCGUGCGCCACGCCAGGCAGCAGGGAGGCCCCGAGGAGCAGCGGCGCCACGCCGGCCAUCAGCUGGAGAGACGCGCGCGCGCGCUCAGCGACGCGCUGAUAGCCCCCGGCACCAAGUGGUGCGGCCCGCGCCAGAGCGCCACCUCCUACGCCCAGCUGGGCGCCUGGUCGCGCGCCGACAAGUGCUGCCGCCGCCACGACCACUGCCCCAGCGCCGUGCCGGCCUUCUCGCUGCGCCACGGCCUCUUCAACUACCGCCCCUUCACGCUCAGCCACUGCCGCUGCGACCGCAGGCGCAAGCGCGAGCUCAUGGACAUAUUCCGCGUGCCGGGCACGCGCUGGUGCGGCAAGGGCCAGACGGCCGUCAAGUACACCCAGCUGGGGGGCUUCGACGGCGCCGACAAGUGCUGUCGCGUGCACGACACCGCCUGCCCCUUCUUCAUCUCCGCCUUCGAGGAGAAGUACGGCCUGUUCAACUGGCGCAUCAGCACCAUCAUGCACUGUUCCUGCGACGAGCGGUUUCGGACUUGUCUGAAGAUGUGCAACACUGGCGCGGCUAACCUAGUCGGCAAGCUGUUCUUCAACAUCGUGCAGACCAAGUGCUUCGUGCUCAAGCCGAAGAAGAUGUGCGUCAAGAAGUCGUGGUGGGGCAAGUGCGAGAAGUAUGCCUACAAGAAGCGCGCGCACCUGCGGGACAACCUGGCCUACUGAAUGGACUCGUCCGGCCAGGUCGCCGCUCUUCGCCGCGCAGCGUUGCCACGACUCUCGGCGGCGUUGUCGCUCUUCCCGGCGCAGGGUUGCCACGUCUCUCGGCAGCGUUGCUGCUCUUUGCCAUGCGGCGUUGCCACGUAUCUCGACAGCGUUGCCAGCACUGCGUGCUCGCGGGAAAGUAAAUCGUUUCUGGCCUGCUCACUGCACACGACUGAUCGCGUCCAAGUAGCUGAACACUGAAAAUGGAAAAGAAUCUCAAGGUAGCAUGUAGACGGUCCAAGUACAGCAAGUACAGGAGGAAGAAUUCUUUGUUUGUUAUGUGUGGGAACCAGGGUGGUAAACACGAACCUAAAAGAUGAAAUGUUGACGCAAGCUCAAACUGUGCUUCAUUCCGUGUAUUCGGUACUUAUAAAAUUACGUUACAAAUAUGCGUGUCGCAUUUAACAAAUUACGUUUUAGUAUUUGUUGUUGCGCAUGUGCAUGAUGGUGCUUGUAAAUAACUACUUAAGUACUUAGUGAUGCAUGGAGAUAAAUUAGUGCUUAAGGGCAGAAGAACUCAGUUUGGCUGAUUUACGUAAAUUAUUGUGUUAUGAUUUUUAUUUUGUACAAAUUUGUUAUAAUGUUUACCUUUUUCACAUUCUAAUACAUACUAUGUAACUAGUUUUUGAAAUUUGACAGCUUCUCUGUAUACUUACUGUGUGUACAAGGAAUGAAUAAAAUUGUUCUUAGAAAAACGAUUCAGUAUUAAAACUGAACUACAUAUAUUUAUAAAUUACAUUAGACUGAUAUUUAAUUUUAUUUGUGUAUUUUUAUAAAACAAAUGUUUCAUUCCGUAUCAAAAGAUAUAAAAAAUACAGUGCCACAUUAUGUUCUUUGGUUUGAAAUUUAAUUUUCAAACCUUGACCAGUUGAUUACAAUUUUUUGUUAUUGUUUUGUAAAUAACAUAAAUAAUAAUUUUUACAAAACUUUUAUAUAAAUAAGUACUUACUGAAUGAGCCUGAAGAUAAAACAAAUUACUAUAAGUUUACAUGGGUUGUUUAAUGGCAUAGCACUGCUCAAUAAAUUGCAUUUGGUAACCCUAAACGCAGUUAAUAUAUUAAAAUUGUCCCUUUAUUAAGCUGAUGUGGCAUUUGCUAUUGGUUAGUGAAACCAUUUACAUAUGUUAAUACAUUCAAAUUUUGUUUUCUAAUUUAUUUUUUAAAAUAUACAUAUUUUA